AUGGAUCCUAAAAAGACAUUUUCGAUGGAUAGUCAAAUAUUGGAAGAAGUGAUACGCAGUGGAAACAUUCCUUGUCAUGGAAGAUCGGGAAUGCUUUGUAGCGGUGGAGGACUCCUACCGCCGGCGCUUUUGAAUGAAUCGAAGGUUCCGAAAUUUUAUUUGGACGCGAUUGCCGCUUGCGGAGCAACAACGUCGUCCGCACUGCCGAAUACGGCGCUUGUUUAUAAUUUGAUGGUCAGCUCGAAUUUGCCGAAAGACGUGUUGUCGUAUAUCUGGUCGGCAGUGAAUCGAACGAAGCCCGGACAACUCACGAGACCCGAAUUCUUCUCGUGUAUUGCCCUAAUUGCUCUUGCGCAGAAAGGCGAAUCAUUGGCGGCUCUUUGUGCGAUGGAUUCGCUUCCCAUUCCAUUCCUGAAUCCGGUUCAGGCGGUUCCGGCGUCAACGAAUGCGACGACAACAGCGUCGUCGUCGUCGUUUGUUCCAUUUGCCAGAAUUAAGCAAACCACUUCUGCUUUUAUUCCAACCUCGCUUCUGCCGAGAAAAUCGCUGAGGAAAAAGAAAGAAGCCGAUUUGAUUGGAGAGCCGACGGCGGCGGCGUCGAGCGCGUCUCCGACAAAAUCGGCCACCAAAGAUUUGAUGGGAUUGGAUUUGUUCGUGGAGUCGGCCAACGGCGAAGACGGCGAGAACGCUGAAUCGUCGACAAUUCAUUGUUGGCGCGAAACGGUGCACGCAGUGUUUCUUGUGUUUCAAGAGGCGAACGGAAUUCUUGGAAAAACGCCAAAAUCGGUGUUGGACGAGAUUUUUUCGACCGAGAAAGGCGAAAAUUACUUGCGAAGUCUUCGCCGCGCGUUUAUCACACUCGAGCGCGUGUGCAAAUCGGCCGGUGUUUUGCUACCGGCGAAAUCGACGAAUGAGGCGGAAGCGUGCCGAAAAUGCUGGCAGCGAUUGUCGCCGUUUUUGACGGUUCACGACGUCGAUGAGGCAGCCAAAGACGAGAGAAAAUGUGGCAUUUGCUGUCAGCCUGUAAGCACUCCUGUCGACUAUGGUGGACAGUGCUAUGACGUCACUUGCGCAAAUUUAUGGGUUAACAAUGUUAGCUCGAUGCUGCCGAAUCAGCAUUUGAAACAUUGA